ACCUGGAAAUUCGCGUUAUUGCAGAAGAGAGACACGUAUUUUGCUACUACUUGUUAUUUAUUUAUUUCGCCUACAAAUCGGAUCUGUAAGAUAUUGGAAGAACUCCAUUCAGCACCAGGGGAGGUGUUGGCGUGACUCAUACAUGCGUAGUAACGGAUAAAUAGACGAUUAAUUUUAAGAAAUCUACAAAUCAAACACGCCAACAAAAAGGUCACGGUGGAUGGAAAUUUUGCAGUCGAUUGAUAUUCACACCUUGUUUCUCUUGGAGUGUUUUAACUGCACUUAACAUUGUAUGGCUGUAGGCUUUAAUUUGGUCGUUCUGAAAUAGUUUCUUUGACUCUAAUACCUAUACAACGGUGGCUGGUGGCAAACACGUGAAUUGUCACUGUUCGUCUUUGGUAAAAUAAGACUGGUUUCAAAGAAAGUGACAGCAAGCGCGGUGGAGUGAGGACUUCUGUAUCUCAGGACUGAUGGCGGCGUCUGCACCUUCCUCCUCUGGCGGUGAUCCGGAUCCCAACUCGACUAAUUUACGACCGCCAUCCACAACCUAUGACUCGUGGUGUGGAGUUGCACACGGAUGUACAAGAAAACUCGGAAUGAAGAUCUGUGGGUUCUUGCAGAAGAAUAACAGCUUUGAGGAGAAGAGCAGGAUUGUCAGUUCCUUCAAGGAACGCCAAUCUCCCAAGAACCUCCUGUCUUGUGAAAACAUCGACAGGGACUCGCGGUUUAGGCGCACGGAAACGGACUUUUCAAAUCUGUUUGCCAGAGACUUAUUACCAGCAAAAAAUGGGGAGGAGUCGACAAUGCAGUUCUUGCUGGAGGUUGUGGACAUUCUCACAAACUAUGUCCGGAAGACCUUUGACAGAUCUACAAAGGUCCUGGACUUCCAUCACCCACACCAGCUGCUUGAAGGCAUGGAAGGUUUCAACCUGGAGCUGUCAGACCAACCUGAAUCAUUGGAGCAGAUCUUGGUGGACUGCAGAGACACCCUGAAAUAUGGAGUGAGAACAGGUCAUCCCAGAUUUUUCAAUCAGCUAUCUACUGGACUUGACAUCAUCGGGUUAGCUGGAGAAUGGCUCACCUCCACUGCAAAUACUAACAUGUUCACUUAUGAGAUUGCCCCAGUCUUUGUGCUCAUGGAACAGCUGACCCUGAAGAAAAUGAGAGAGACAAUUGGCUGGCAGGGCAUAGAUGGAGAUGGGAUAUUCUCACCAGGGGGAGCAAUAUCCAACAUGUACAGUGUGAUGGUGGCACGCUAUAAGUAUUUCCCAGAAGUCAAGACAAAAGGCAUGUCUGCCGCCCCCAGGCUAAUCCUCUUCACAUCGGAACAUAGCCACUACUCAAUAAAGAAAGCUGGUGCAGCUCUUGGCUUUGGAACAGAGAAUGUGAUCUUGCUGAAUUGUGAUGAAAGAGGAAGAGUCAUUCCAGCUGAUCUGGAGGCCAAGGUCAUUCAUGUCAAGCAAAAGGGCUACAUUCCACUGUUCGUGAAUGCCACAGCUGGCACCACAGUGUAUGGAGCCUUCGACCCAAUCAACGAGAUUGCUGACAUCUGUCAGAAAUACAACAUGUGGCUCCAUGUGGAUGGUGCCUGGGGAGGAGGACUACUGAUGUCUAGGAAGCACCGUCAUAAGCUGAGUGGCAUUGAGAGGGCCAACUCAGUCACCUGGAACCCACACAAGAUGAUGGGAGUGCCACUGCAGUGCUCUGCUAUCCUGGUCAGAGAAAAGGGACUUCUCCAGGGUUGCAAUCAGAUGUGUGCUGGAUACCUCUUCCAGCCGGACAAACAGUAUGAUGUCACCUAUGACACUGGUGACAAGGCCAUCCAGUGUGGCAGACAUGUGGACAUCUUCAAAUUCUGGCUAAUGUGGAAAGCAAAGGGUACAAUUGGGUUUGAACAGCACAUCAACAGGUGCUUGGAACUCUCUGAAUACCUCUACACAAAAAUAAAGAAUCGGCAAGGGUAUGAAAUGGUGUUUGAGGGAGAGCCUCAGCACACAAAUGUCUGCUUCUGGUACAUUCCAUUGAGCCUGCGCGGCAUGCCGGACUGCGAGGAACGCCAGGAGAAGCUGCAUAAGGUGGCACCCAAAAUCAAAGCAAUGAUGAUGGAGUCAGGGUCCACCAUGGUGGGCUACCAGCCUCAGGGAAACAAAGUCAACUUCUUCCGGAUGGUCAUCUCCAACCCUGCCGCUACUAGGUCAGACAUUGACUUCCUGACCGAUGAGAUUGAGAGGCUGGGGCAGGACUUGUAAGGGGGCUGCCCUGUUGGAAGAGGCGUUUUCUUUUUUCUUUUGCAGGCAGCUCUAAAAUGACCUGCUCUGGAAGAACCUACAGUAGCAGUUCCCAAGCAGUUGUGUAGGAUUCUGAAUCUUGUAGCCAGUAGGUCCUUUUAGGUACAGGUAAAUAUCAAAAAGCAUAUUGUCUUGUGUGUAUCCCAGCCCAUUAAGUCUCAUAGCAGUGACUGUUUUGUCAUGCGAUGUAACUGGUAUUUUAUAAACCAUUCUGAAAGUUGAAACAGCACGUAUUUAUUGAGCAGCAUCUGUGGUGUGUAAGUAGGUCAGGGUAGAGCAGAGGCCCUUAGACAACACUGUGUAUAAACUGCUGUAGGAAGGAUAUUAACUAUAUAUUCUGGUUUCUCUAGAAGUUUGACUGAUAAUUAGAUGGGUGAACGCCACACUUUCCCAUAAACUUGUAUUAUAUUGAAUAGCGGUGCUUUUUUGUGUGCAAGUGAUUACAGAGCCAGAUGUGCUACCCUAUAUCCUAGCUGUUCUUUGGUGUCAAGUAUUGGAGAACAUGUGACACAGUCAUUGUGACAGAUUAUGUAUUCUAUUUCUGUGUUUUUAGAGAUAAUGAAUUUGGUGUAGAUUGUGUAUAGUAUUGUUAUAUUUACCUUUGUGAAAAAUCUGAUAAAUGUCAUAGUUUUACAGUAAGAUAUGUUUAAAUAAUAACAAUUAUAUAUAGUUAUAUAAUUUAAAAUGUUUUUAUUCAUAUUGAGAAAUGACCAGUGUUCAAGAGUUGUCAAGUAUUUUCCAUUUUAAUGUAUCUUUGUGUGUGUGUGUGUGUGUGUGUGGGUGGGUGUGUACACUCAGUUUUAAUAAGGUGAAAGGUAUUUUAGUGUAUUUGUAGCCAAAGAAAGAGAAUUUGUCAUAUUUGAAAAUGUAUGCUAUACUAUGCUGUCCUUAUAGAACUAAUAAACAUAUAUUGACAUAGUGAAUAUCUAAAUAUUUACAAAUAUUUACAUUAUGAUCAGAUGUUUAUGAGACAACUAUUAUUUAACACCCUAAACCUUAUUGUAUUUUGUGUAACUGAUAUGUUAUUUACUGAAUGUUCUAGUCAUCAAAGUAGCUAACACUUGGAUUAAAAACUAACUCAGUAGCAUUGCUGCUGGUACUUUAAUUAGCGAGAAGCACAAUGUAGAAUCAGCCUGUGGAAUAUUUUCCUCAGGAGGUUGGAGAAUCGUGUUUACUGUAUGUAUUUUAAAUACUUUAUUACAAAAAAAUGUAUAUUUAUUUUAAAUAUGUUACUUUCAUUAAUAAGGCCAUUCAAUCAAAUGUAUCACACUUACAUUCAAAAUAAUCACAAAAAUAAUACUGUGAUUAUUUUGAAUAUAAGUGUGAUACAUUUGAUUGAAUGGCCUUAUUAAUGAAGUAACAUAUUCAAAAUGAAAACGAUUGAUGUCUUUGUUAACAAGGCUAUACAAUCAAAUGUAUUACACUUAUAUUAAAAAUAAUAACAAAAAUAAUAUGUGGGUUUUUGGCACAACUUUCUAGAUUCUGUUUUCAACUGACAUGACAUGUGGAGGGAGAAUGAUUAUGACUUUGAUGUGUUCUGGACCAAAAUAUUAAAUGGCAUGAUGCAGCAAUUUCUGUGAUACUGUUGAUUGAAUGAAAUCCUUUGUGUGGGAUCAGCUUUGUCAAAGCAGGCACUUUAACAUGCAAUCAUGUCAUGUACAAAACAUCUUACUGUCAUAUUUACAGUCCUAAUAAAAAAUGUAUUUACAAUA